AUAUUCUUACAAUUAGUUUCACUGUUUUUUUAUUUAAUGUUUACAUCGUAUGAACGAAUCAACCAAUGAAUGUAAGGUUAGGCCAGUGCUAACAGACGGUAACCCGGUGCUCCGUGAAAAUUGCCCCUCCACUUUCACACACUAACGCACAGCCACGUGUAUGUGAGCUGCAUUUCGAAUAGCUUCGGAAAUUCGAGAAAAAAUGUGAUUGCGAACCGUGAACCUUUCCUUGUCGUUCACGAAACGGUUGAAAUCCGACUUGCGUCAACCAGCAUACGAUUUCGAGUUUCAACCUAUGUGCCUGGGCUGAAGGGCUUAGUUCACGUACGUGCACGAGCCUGUGUACUAGGAUACGUAAGUGGUGGCGUAGUUUCCUUUGGGCACCGGUCUGUCGUCUGGCAACACUGACUGUAGUACUGUAUGCUUUGAAUCUUGCCGCAAAAACGAAUCCUAUUCGUAGCAGUAUGCAGUACUUUGUUAAAAAUUAAUGUUUUUUCAUUGGUUCAAACAGUGCGUGGACCUCCAUUUAUAAAGUUUAUUGCAAAGACACUGACAAUGUCCGUAUUUAACGCGCGGCAGUUUUUAGGUGCAUUGUAUAAUCGUUACAUAAUUUCACUGCCAUCGAUACACUUAUCUAGAACACAAAAAAUUGUUAUUAUUUGUCUCACUGGAGGAUCGUUACUAUUAGGAGGUUUGGCUCAGUUUUUAAAAAGACGAAGAAGACACCCUCUGCCCCCCUUAAGGAGACCUUUAAGAGAUGCAAAACAAAGAUUUGCAAGUGCAAAGAAUUCUACUUUUGAUGCAUUAUCACAAGUGUCAUGGGCCAGAAGAAGUGAAGCUAGCAGUAGGAGUCACAUAAGCGAACAUGUAUCGCUUAUAUCCUCUGUUCCAGGAGGUCCAGAUGGCGAUGGGAGGCUUGGUCCACAGCAGUAUGGUGUCCUUGGACUGGAGGCGCUGGAAAAGGCUCUCUAUUGCUGGGAGGAUGCUCUCGCUGCGUUUAGCUCUUCGUUCAGCAAUGACACGCUCGCAUUACCGUCUAAGGCGGAUGCAGCUUUUACGCACGACGUCCAAGAGCUCCUUGACAUGGGUUAUCAAAUCCAGAGCCAGGCGGAACUCCUCUUUAUCGACCAGCACUCUGUAUUGUUUCGCAACGAAAGCGAGGAGAGCUUGGACAAACCUUCGAAAAUAGGGACACGGUUAUCCACGAAAGACAAAGCGGACGCUGCAUCUUCUCCAGAGUCCUUCGAGUCGGCGCGUGACGGAGUAGCAGAUCUGCGCGAAUUCGAAGAAUUUUCCGAGUUGUUCCCACAUUUCGAGAAGCAAGAACUCUAUCACACUGCCCUCAAAGAACACGAGGACACUGGUAUUUCUUGCAGACGGCUUCAUACGGAACUGGUGAAAUGCGGCUCGGACGUUGAGUAUUUAGCGAAAGUGCAAUGUUUGCGGCAAGCAUAUACAAAAUUGUUUACUAUUCCGUCUGUGAACUUGUGGAUCAGAGACAUAGGCCGACAAGUUAUUAGCGAUUUGAUCAUGUAUGCAGACAGGGAUCCGAAGGAUUAUUUGAUGCAUUACGAACGGAUGUUAGAGUUCUUGAUCGAUCCAAAGAAUCAUAGCAUGAUGGAAGAAGAAUUAUCAGGGAGAGGCGUGAAGUGCAUAAACUUCUACGACGUGCUGAUCGAUUUUAUACUUUUAGACGCGUUUGAGGAAGUUGAAAAGCCACCGUCGUCCAUUAAAGCAAUUUUACAAAACAGAUGGAUCUCCGCCAGUUUCCGUGAAACAGCAAUCGGUACUGCGGUCUGGUCAGUUCUUGUUGGUAAAAGACAAAUGUUGAAAUACGACAAAGGAUUUUUGUCGCACUUUUACUCGAUUUCUGAACAAAUUUCGCCGGUACUCGUAUGGGGAUUUCUAGGUCCAGAAGGCAGUCUACGUUCCACUUGUCAUUAUUUUAGAGAUCAAGUUAUCGAAUUCCUUGUAGAUAUAUUUAAUUUUUUUAAAGUAAGAUACACCAGUGUCGACAGCCUGGCUGAAGAUGUACUCAAAGAGAUGAUGGUAAGGGUUGAAAAUAUAAAUCAAAGGCUUUCUUUAGAAGGCUGCUAAUUGAAUAUAAACAAAUAGUCAUAACAUUGAAACAUUAAAUGUAUGCAGAGUACUGAUACGAUUAAAUAAGCGCUGCCCGAAAUUGACUUUUGAAGAUCAAAUGCCGUCCUACGGCAUUUAAAAAUAUAUCUACUUACGUAAUUCAGUCGCGAAUAAUCUUUCUAUGUAUGUACAAUUCUUUUAAAGGAGAGAACAAUUUUUUGCAGUCAUGAUAAAAAUGUAUAUUUAAAAUGUUAUGUACAAAUUUUGAACUAUUUUUUUUUUUACCAUAUUUACGAACUUAUCUCUGUUUGUAA